CCUACUUCCUCGUCGGCACCAAGCCCAUCAGCUCAUCAUGGCGUUUGUUCACGCUGUUUCCCUCCCACGCACUGGCCUUGCGCACUCCUCCACAGCUGUUUGUUCAAAGCCUGCUGUGCUUAAGCCGGUUACUGCGGCGCCGCUCGAAAUUCGAGCGGCCAAGCAUGUCCAGUUUAAAGCGGCCAAGAAAGCGGAGCGCUACCGACCGAGGAAACACAGACCCUCUGACAUCAACCGCAAGCCGCCGCCGUUUGAUCCGAAUCCGCUAGGCGCCGAAGGAAUGCCAGACCCAUACAAUGUUAUCCCCCAGGCUGCGUCCGGUGAAACUACUACUGCCGUCGCCGAGCCUCCGGCUGACACGGAUGGAAAUUUAGAUGAGUAGGUGUCCUCGCAAGCUCACUGGAGAUUUGAGUGCGACUGCAAGGGGCGAGGGAUUUUGAUUCCGGGUAUCUGUUCAACCGAGGCGUUACGUAUUGGGCGUUCAGGUCUACACCUCCCGCGUCGCACUAUGAUUUGACUGGCACACCACUCUGACUCGAGGCGAACGGAAUUUUACAACUGCUGAGUGAUACUGUUACAUACACUUCGAACCCAUCCGGAAAACAGGUCUUUAAUUGCACGUAUGUUAAACUUGCCCUGGUUA